AUAGUCUUAGUGCAUGCACUUCAAAUACCUUGGUCCCCUAAACCAUUUUUUGCUCCCAAGGUUCUCUGUUCUGUUACUAUACACCAUGAACCUUGAAAAUUGUCACUGUCUAAGCACCAUAAGAAGCAACAGCAAUUGGUCAAGUUAUGAGAGAAUUAGCUACGAUCCCAUUGUGUGUGUCAACGAAUUUGUAGCCAGAUUGAAGAUGGGAAGCUGGAAAACCUUGUGGAGGAAGAUCAAGAGGGAAAGAAGGAGAUUCUUUAGUCCUUCACCUGUGUUUCAUCACUUUCAUGUGCAGUAUGAUCCUACCUCCUACUUGCAGAACUUCGAUGAUGGCUACUCCACUGACCCUGAUAACGUUUCUCGAUCAUUUUCAGCUAGAUUUGCAGCACCAUCCAAGAUUUUUGGGAGAAUUGAUGCGAAGGGUGAUGGAGAAUUGGAGAUAAAUCAUAAGAGUAGCAUGGUGUAGUUUUCGAGUUCCUUUGGACUCAUUUUCA